AUGAGGGCCAGUUUCUGUGAAUCCUUGCUUAGGCAACAUGAUCAGCCCACUAACUCUCCCUGUUGUACAUAUCUUCUAUAUCUCUUGUUCCCUAUUAUAACUAAGCUACAUAAAGAUACACUGUUGUCGGUUCUCUUUGGUCCCGGCGGCUGGAGGAAGGUGACGAAGGGGACAUCUUCGUUUGGUAAGCGCCGGAAUAAGACGCACACUUUGUGCCGUCGUUGUGGUUCUAAGGCAUACCAUCUUCAGAAGUCAACAUGUGGCAAAUGUGGAUAUCCUGCUAAACUCAAGAGAAAGUAUAAUUGGAGUGCAAAAGCUAAGCGACGCAACACCACUGGUACUGGUCGGAUGAGGCACCUAAAAAUUGUCUAUCGCCGAUUCAGGAAUGGAUUCCAUGAAGGAACAACACCCAAACCCAAGAGAGCAGCUGUUGCAGCAUCUAGUUCAUCUUAAGGAUUCGACUGUUUGUUAAAAUAAAUGUCCUGAAUGAAAAA